AUGCUUUCUGACCUGAGUAGCAGUGAUGAGGAUGCUCCUCAGAUCAAGGUGCCCUUGUCCAAGGAUGAAGCCUUAGCAGCCGUGCAGCGGAGCAAAGUCCUGAAGGGUCUUUCGAUCCACGGCCAGGUCCGCGUGGCGGCGCUGCUGCGGCGUUGCAGCUAUCAGCCUGGAGAGCGGCUGUGGUCUGGCCAGGAGGGCGACGAGAAGCGACUUGUGCUCAUCGAGAGUGGAGAGGCCGAGCUUUGGCUCCCGGAGGGAGACGGGGAGCGCUUCGUAGGAACCUGUGGGCCAAGGAAGGUGCUUGGAGGGCUGUUUGCCGUGGGGUCAGCAUCAAGGCAGAUCUUCUCGGUGCGGGUUCCCGAUCUGGAGGAGGCCAAGGUCUUGCAUGCCUGGGAGAUCGAUAGUCGUGACCUGGAGCAGUUCGAGUCGCUCUUCAACGCCUCGGACUUGACCGCCUUCCGUCGUCGAGUGCUGCAGGACGUGCGGAUCCAGGUCAUUCCGUAUUUGCAACGCCAGCUGGCUUGUGGCGGGGUCUUCUCACGCUACUCCACACUGUUCAUUGGCCAGUUGGUGAAAGAUAUGGAUUUGCGCUUAUUUGAGCCGGGUCAAGUGAUUUUCAAAGAGAAGUCGCUCGGCCGCUCCCUGGGCAUCUUAGUUUCAGGCUCCGUGGACGUCAUAGCGAAUGGCCGCAAGGUCUUUUCCAAGUCCAACAGUGGCCAAGAGAUUGGCGAAGCCGCCCUUUUUGAGACGGGCUACCGACGCCAUGCCACCACCCGCUGCUCACAACACGGGGAGACCUUGAUGUUCUUGGCCACACGGGAUGCCUUCUAUGCCUGCCUGGCCAAGUUUCCAGAAGAGAAGAUCAAGCUGGCGGAACAGGUGCGCCACCGCAUCGCCAUGACCGUCAUGAAAGAGCCCUUCAGCAUGUGCGACUCUGCCUUUCUGCAUUUGGUUUGCACAGAGUGUGAAGUAGUGCAGCUGGCAUGGCCGAAAGCUGCCAUCGUCCCGGGGCAGGAGGAGGUGAUGCAUCUUUGCUACGCUGGAGAUCUGGUUGUGGAGACCGAGUCCGAACAGGUGACCUCGCGCUUUGCGAAGAAGUGGGAGAUGUUUGGCCUCAAAGCCGCUUUGGGACUCCACUCUGGGCCAGCUGAUUAUAAGCUCAUGGCUGGACGUCAAGGUUGUACCUUGGUGCGUGUCACCUGGAAGGCGGUCGAACAGGCGUUGAUGUUCUUCCCCGACCAGCUGCCACAGCUGCUGGAGCUGGCUGGGCUGAAGGAAGUCCCUCCGAAUCAUCCGUUUAAGGGCAAAGAAACCUUAGUGUGGGACAUCAUUCAGCCGUUGCUUUGCAGGGUCUUUUGUACAUUGGAGAUUGACGCAGAAUUUUGCGCAUCGCUGGCGCAAAACUUCCAAGCGGCGGUCUACGAUGCCGGGUGCCUCAUCGCGCCAGAGGGUGUGGCGAACGACGCGGUGCUGCUGCUCAUCUCGGGUGAGGUGACCUGGUCCCGGCAGGGCAUCGUGACCUUCGAUGCCUUGGCGCCCGACUACUUCGACGAGUUCUGCUUGUUCGCCGAGCGGCACCACGCGGCCAGCUUGACCGCUAAGUCCACUGCGGUCAUCUGGCGCUUGCACCGCUCCAAGCUGAGCCACGCCGACACACCCGGCUCGCGCGCGGCGCACGCUCAAACGCGUGCGCAGCACGUGCCGAGCACGGAGGCGUGUCGGCGCGUGGAGCAGAUGACGGAAGAGAUGCAGGAGUUGACGCAGGAGAUCCACGGCAAGUUGAGAUCCAACAUGAGGAACAUGAAGACCUGGAGGAGAUUCAACUCGGAAGUGCUCGGCCUCUUGAGCGACAAUAUCUUCCUGCGGACUUUUCUGCCGGGCCAGUGCAUCUUCAGCGACGGUGAUACGGGAGAGUUCAUUUUUAUCCUGAUGCGUGGAAGAGUUGAAGUGCAAUCACAAGGAAAGACCAGCUUUCUGGAAGAAGGAGUGACCUUCGGUGAAAUGGUCCUUUUUGGCCAGACCCACCGCAGCGCGACCAUCACAGCAUGCUGUUUGUGCAUCAUCAAUGCGGUGCACAAGGAUUUGGUCAGCCACGCCUUGCGUGCGCAACCCCGCAAGGCCUUUUUGGUGGACCAUAAGAAGGCCAAGUCUCAGCCCAGCCGUGUCAGAGGCACCGAGGACAAGGCUUUGCGGCGGACGCCCAAGUUUUUUCUGGCAGGAGGCACAGGAAGAAGUGGUCGACUUGGCAGUCACCCAGGCGCCGUCACAGCGUUUGAUGGCGCCACGGCAGUGCCAGAAGCGCCUGGAGCGAAGCUUUCUGCUGGAGGCGCGGACCCCACGGCUGCCGCCGGUAGAAACACUCCUCUACAAAGCGCCCAAGGUGACGGAAAUGAAGCUGCGUGUUGCCUUCCAACGGCUGAUGCCCAGACAUGUCUUGGUGGCUUCUGCCAACAUGCGCGGCGUGCGUGA